AUGCCUGGGUUCAGCAUCCAGUUGAAAAGGCUGACCUCGCCAGUGCUGUUUGGAAAUGAUGUCAGCAACACCCUCUUCACAGCUGAAUAUCAGACAGCCAAUCGUUUGCAUUUUAAGAUCACUGAUCUCAAUAAUAGAAGAUACGAAGUGAACCAUGAACACAUUAAUUCGCUGACUCCGACUGUGAACAUCUCCGAUCUCAACUACCAGGUGGAAGUCAUCAACAAGCCCUUCAGCAUCAAAAUAAUGAGGACCAGCAACAAAAAAGUCUUGUUGGACACGGGCAUCGGGCCCCUGCUGUUUGCUGAGCAGUAUCUGCAGCUGUCUCUCCGCCUGCCCAGCGCCAACGUGUAUGGGCUGGGAGAACACGUGCACCAGCGGUACCGCCAUGACAUGAACUGGAAGACCUGGCCCAUCUUCACUCGGGACACUGCGCCCACUGAGGGCGUUAAUCUCUAUGGGGCACACACAUUCUUCUUGUGCCUCGAAGACAGCAGUGGCUCCUCGUUCGGGGUUUUUCUGCUGAACAGCAAUGCUAUGGAGGUCACCCUUCAGCCUGCUCCGGCGAUCACCUACCGCACAAUUGGGGGCAUUCUUGACUUUUACGUGUUCCUGGGAAGCACUCCAGAACAGGUGGUCCAGGAAUACCUGGAGCUGGUUGGAAGGCCAUUCCUGCCUUCCUACUGGAGUCUCGGGUUCCAGCUCAGUCGCAGGGGUUAUGGUGGCAUCAACGGACUGAAAACGGUUGUGGAUCGAAACCGUGCAGCUGGGAUCCCGUAUGAGGUGCAGUACUCUGACAUAGACUACAUGGAUGGAAGCAAGGAUUUCACUUAUGACAAUGGGACUUUCUCAGGUCUCCCCGAGUUUGUCAAAGAGUUACACAGCAAUGGCCAGAAAUAUGUCAUUAUUAUGCAUCCUGGCAUCUCCAACAGCUCUGACUACAAGCCCUACGAGGAAGGAAGAGCAAAGAACAUCUGGGUGCUUGGCAACAAUGGCUCUGUUGUUGGGAAGGGCUAUCCCGGCUGGACAGUCUUCCCCGAUUUCAGUAAACCAGCCAGCACUGAGUGGUGGGUAAAGCAGCUCACAGAAUUCCAUAACACUCUGGAGUUCGAUGGAGUGUGGAUUGAAAUGGAUGAAGUAUCUAACCUUCUCCAAGGUUCUGAUGUUGGCUGUGAAUCAAACAACUUGAAUUAUCCUCCUUUCACGCCUCGAGUUCUGGACCGCAUGCUUUUCGACAGAACCCUCUGCAUGGACACAGAGUUUUACGCGGGCCUUCACUAUGACGUCCACAGCUUGUACGGCUACUCCAUGGCACAAGCCACAGACUCUGCCAUGAAGGAGAUAUUCUCAAAGAACAGGAGCCUCAUCUUGUCUCGCUCCACUUUUGCUGGGUCUGGCAAGUUUGCUGGUCAUUGGCUGGGGGACAACGCAGCCAGGUGGGAAGAUCUCCGGUGGUCCAUCCCUAGUAUCCUUGAGUUCAACCUGUUUGGAAUCCCUCUGGUCGGGGCCAAUAUCUGUGGUUAUGAAGGAAAUACCACAGAAGCCCUCUGCAGAAGAUGGAUGCAGCUUGGGGCAUUUUAUCCACUAUCCAGGAAUCACAAUGGGCCUGGCUUCAGGGACCAGGACCCUGCCUCCUUCGGAAGUAACUCCCGGCUGCUGCUCUCCUCUAUGCACUAUCUCAACAUCCGAUACAUGCUGCUGCCUUACCUGUACACUCUCUUCUACCUUGCACACACCCGCGGAGACACGGUGGCCAGGCCCUUGGUGCACGAGUUCUACCAGGACCCAGCCACUUGGGAUGUGCACGAGCAGUUCCUGUGGGGGCCUGCACUCCUCAUCACUCCUGUUUUAUAUUCAGAUGUGGACCCAGUGAGCGCCUAUAUCCCAGAUGCCAUCUGGUAUACCUAUGAGAUGGGAGAAGCCCUCCAGUGGAGGAAACAAAGGGUGCAGAUGACAUUCCCUGGAGAGAGGAUAGGACUUCACCUUCGAGGAGGCUACAUACUCCCCUUCCAAGAAUCAAGCCUCACCACAGAGGCCAGCCGCAAGAAUUCCCUGGGACUCAUCAUUGCCUUGGAUCACAGGAGAGAAGCGCAGGGGGAGCUUUACUGGGAUGACGGCAUGUCCAAAGGCAUGAAUAGUCAGCCUGGCUCCAGGCUCAGCCAGCUGGCUCUCCCGAGCUUGUUUGAUGAUGGGCAUCUGGAGUCCACCGCAGCCCAGGGAGGACUCAGGGAGAUGUGGCGUGUUGCCGGUGACACGCUGGGCAACCACAGCUCCGUCUGUGACCUGUACCCUCACAUCCUGAAGAUGACACACUGGGUGUUGACCAUCAGUCACCUCCAGGGACUGGCACUGGGACAAGAGUUCUCCAUUGAGUGGAAGUUUCUGGUCAGUGACCUGGAGAAGUUCAACUGCUACCCGGAGGAUCCAUCUGUCUCAGAGGAGAGCUGCAGGCAGCGGGGUUGCCUAUGGGAGGUGACUGUCAGAGUAGGCUUUGCACUAUGCACUGAGUGUUCUAAGCUGUCUCUUCCCAUCUUGGAGAGAACCCGGGGGAAGCUCACAGCUGUCCCCGGGGUGCCUUCCUGCUUCUAUGACACCACCCCCAGCUAUGCUGCCACUAACAUCCAGUACCUUCCUGCGGGCAUCACUGUGGACCUAGGCCUCCUGCCAGACCCCCUGGAUGCUCCUCCAACUGUGGGGGCACGCCGCCCACCCUGGGCCCCUGCCGCUGACCCUCUCCCUGCCAAGAUCACCUCCCUGCACCUGAGCGUGGUCUACCACACGGACAGUAUGCUGCAGUUCAAGAUCUUCGAUCCCAACAACAAAAGGUAUGAGGUCCCGGUGCCACUAAACACCCCAUCCACCCCCAUGGGAUCCCCUGAGAAGCGUCUGUAUGACGUCAGCAUCCUGACCAAUCCUUUCGGGAUCCAGAUUCGACGCAGAAGCUCCAACACCUACAAGAAGAACUCCUAUGGCGUGCACCCCUACUACAUGGCACUGGAGGGGGAUGGCAGUGCCCACGGAGUGCUUCUGCUCAACAGCAAUGCCAUGGAUGUGAUGCUCCAGCCCACCCCUGCCCUGACAUACCGCACCACAGGAGGGAUUUUGGACUUUUAUGUGGUUUUGGGGCCAACCCCUGAACUCGUCACUCAGCAGUACACCGAGCUGAUUGGCCGGCCAGUGAUGACUCCAUACUGGGCCUUGGGAUUCCAGCUGAGUCGCUAUGGAUACCAUAACGAUACUGAGAUCUCUGAUUUGUACGAUGCGAUGGUGGCAGCCCAGAUCCCUUAUGACGUGCAGCACGUGGACAUGGACUACAUGGAGCGCAAGCUGGACUUCACCCUCAACCCCAGCUUCAGAGACCUAGCGCACCUGGUUAACCGCAUGAAGAAAAGUGGCAUGCGAUUCAUCCCCAUUCUGGACCCCGCCAUUUCUGGCAACGAGACCGGGUACCUCCCCUUCACCAGGGGGCAGGCAAGCGAUGUGUUCAUCAAAUGGCCGGACAGCAAUGACAUUGUCUGGGGGAAGGCUUGGCCGGAUCUGCCCAACGUUAAUGUGGAUGGGUCUCUUGACCACGAGACUCAGGUGAAGCUGUACAGGGCCCAUGUGGCGUUUCCCGACUUCUUACGCAAUAGUACAGCUGCGUGGUGGAAGAGAGAGAUUCAAGAGCUCUACGAAAACCCUCGGGAGCCAGAGAGGAGCCUCAAGUUUGAUGGCCUGCUGCUCGAUAUGAACGAACCAUCGAACUUCGUGAACGGAUCUGUCAGCGGCUGCCGGGACAACACUCUGAAUAACCCUCCCUACAUGCCAUAUCUGGAGUCCCGGGACAGGGGCCUGAGCAGCGAGACCCUGUGCAUGGAGAGUGGGCAGGUGCUGGCGGACGGCUCCCCGGCGCGGCACUACGACGUGCACAGCCUGUACGGCUGGGCGCAGACCAGGCGCACCCAAGAGGCUGUGCAGGAGGUGACGGGGCAGCGAGGCAUUGUCAUCACCCGCUCCACCUUCCCCUCCUCUGGCCGCUGGGGAGGACACUGGCUGGGCCACAACGCAGCUUCAUGGGACCAGCUGAGGAAGUCUGUCAUCGGCAUGAUGGAAUUCAGCCUCUUUGGAAUGUCUUAUACAGGAGCAGACAUCUGUGGGUUCUCCGGGAAUGCGAACUAUGAGCUGUGUCUCCGCUGGAUGCAGCUGGGGGCCUUCUAUCCCUUCUCCAGGAACCACAACACCAUGGGGACCCGGAGGCAAGACCCUGUGUCCUGGGAUGCCUACUUUGAGGACAUUUCCAGGAGGGUCCUGCAGACCCGAUACACCCUGCUGCCAUACCUCUACACCCUGAUGCACAAGGCCCACACCGAGGGCAGCACUGUCGUGCGGCCCCUUCUCCACGAGUUUCCAAACGACAGCGUGACCUGGGACAUCGACCGUCAGUUCAUGCUGGGCCCUGCCAUCCUGAUCAGCCCCGUGCUGGAAAGUGGUGCCCGGCAGAUCUCUGCGUACUUCCCCAGAGCCCGCUGGUAUGACUACCACACGGAAUCUGGUGAGGAAUCUGCAGGGGUGUGGAAGACCCUGGCUGCCCCCCUUGACCACAUCAACCUUCAUGUCCGAGGAGGCUACAUCCUACCCUGGCAAGAGCCUGCAAUAAACACUCACUACAGUCGACAAAAUUUUAUGGGAUUGACUGUUGCCUUGGACAGCGAUGGGAAAGCUCAUGGCCAGCUGUUCUGGGAUGAUGGACAAAGCAUUGACACCUAUGAAAAUGGAAACUAUUUCUUGGCAAACUUCGUAGCAGCUCAGGAUGUCUUGCAGAUCCAGACCAUACACAAUAACUAUUUGAGUGAUUUGACUCCACUGAAGGUUGGCUACAUUAGAGUCUGGGGGAUGAGCUCUCAGUAUGUGAGAGAAGUCAGGGUCACCCAUAACAACCAGCAAUUCACAGAGAUGAACUUCACGAGUGACCCUCACAAUCAGAUCGAUCUGAAGAAAUUUGAUGCAUUGCAUGGCACAGUGUAA